AUGGACUUUCUUCCCAGUCUCGUCGACUGGGCGCUGGCUACUGCUCACAUGGACGCGGUGGAUGUCCUUCGAGCCUUCUUCCUCUUUGCAUCGUGUACGAUCCUGUCGGUCAGCCUGUUGGAUUCCCUUCGUUCGCGCUUCGUCCCUUAUGGCGCUCGUGCAACCGUGACGGCCGAGUCGGAUUCCACCCCGUCUGAGCCUUCGAGCAGCUCCCCGUUAACUCACAUUCUCGACUAUCUUGCCUCCUUGAAAGUUCCACACAGCUACUUUACGCAAUUCUACGUCGUCUCCCUGCUAUCCUCUAUUUUCUGGGCCUUUCAGCUUAUGUGCCAUGGACAAGCGUUCCAAGCCAUCGCGAUGAGGGUUCACUCGGAACACCUACAGAGGACGAUGUCAAUAAACCAGAUUGUGUUGUGCUGGGUACUGAUGCUUGCUCAAGGUGUAAGACGGCUACAUGAGUGCUUUGCCUUUUCCAAGCCUUCUUCUUCCCAGAUGUGGUUUGUCCACUGGCUAGCGGGCGUUGCCUUCUAUCUGGCGGUCUCAAUCGCCCUCUGGAUUGAGGGGACAGGUAUGCAGUUCCCGUGGCCAAGCACGAUUGUUGUCCCACUAAUUUCGAUCGAUUCGAAAUUCACAGAAACGUUACUGUCCCAUAGAUUGAGCCUCAACGAUGUAACAGCGACCAACGCCCCAAGUCUUCGUACAUUUCUCUGCUUGCCGAUCUUUUUGUUUGCAUCUGGCCUGCAACAUGACGCCCACCACUAUCUUUUCUCUCUCAAGAAAUACACGCUUCCCUCCCACGCCUUGUUCCGCAGCAUCGUAUGUCCCCACUACACUGCCGAAUGUGCGAUCUACCUAUCACUGGCUCUGCUUGCCGCUCCCCAAGGAGAGAUGAUCAAUAAGACAGUUUUGUCUGCUGUCGUCUUUGUCACGGUCAAUUUAGGCGUUACUGCGUCUGAGACCAAACGCUGGUACAUGCGGAAAUUCGGCGAGAACUCGGUGCGAGAGAGGUGGAAUAUGAUCCCUUGGGUAUACUAA